AUGCUUUUUUUGGAAGUUAGCUUAAUUGCCUUUUUACUCGAAGGCAAUUACGUGAGUGGGCUGGACGCAAUGACAAAGACCUUCGCUGUCUCUGCAAUUGUAGUUGGGUUAGACAUACUUCUCAAGGCACUUUACUUGUUUGGGUUCGGGAUUCCCUUGUUUAUCGACAUUGGCGAGGACUCUAAUCGUAUGAAGUGGGGCCUGUGGGCUGUCCAUCGGCUAGUUCUUACUGCAGUUUACGGCUUCAUCCUUUUCAUGUAUCAUUCCAAGUGGAGGGAAAGGUUGCCUGCAAGACCUGCAUUCUACAAAUACAUCGUGAUAAUGUUUGCGUUGAACACUCUGGCACUCUUCGCCUGUGGGAUUAGUGGAAGCGGAUCUGGUUUCGGUUACUGGCUGUAUAGCACCACCAUAGUCUCAUACCAUGCCUUCUACCUCCCUCUGAUAUAUAUAACCUUUCUGGCAGACUUUUUCCAGGAGGAAGAUUUGCAUCUGGAGAAUGUGUACUACUCAGAAAUGAAAGAUGCCGGCUUCUUCGAUGCUGAUUGGGAAUAAAUUUAUGUGUAAUGAAGAGCUUCUGAUCAAAACUCCCGCAACCACACUGUACAUAAUUAACUUCCUUUUAACGAAGUAGGGUAAGAAGAACCGUAAGGUCCACAUAACUUGAAAGCACGUUUCAUUUCAUUUACGCUUUCACAUAUAAAAUGUAG